AUGAUUCUUUAUACUUUAAUUUCCAAAGGAAAUCUAGUCUUGUCAGAAUAUACAGAAUUAGAAGGUGAUUUUACUGAAAUGGCUCGUAUUGUACUCAAAAGUGUGAAGCCCAAUUAGUAAAAAUAAAUAUUUAGUAAAGUAUAUGAUGGUAAAACGUAGAAUGAAUAUGUCUUUUGUAUUACAUGCAUUUCCAAUCUUCGAUUUCUAUGUAUGAUCCAUAAUAGUUAAAAUAAAGAAAAAGCUUUUGCAUUUCUUGAAGCUAUUCAUUAAGAAUAUUCAAAUUGUUCUAAAAGUAUUUUGAUUCUAAAAUUAAAGAUUCCGAUUUUAAUAAUGGUCAAUUCUCAGCUUAAUUAUGUCGUAUGAUGAAAGGUUUUAAUUAAUUGGAUCAAAAAGAUGCAUUGACUAAUCUUGAAGAAACUGUAGAAGACUUAAAUGAAUCAGCAUUUCAAAAUCUACGUAAAAUGAUUGGUAUAUAUACUUAAAAAAUAUUGAUUAGAAAGAGAAGUUAGACUUGAUGUAUUAGUUAAAAAGACUGAAGAAUUGACUAAGAAUGCAGAUAUUAUUUUUAAAUAUAGUAGAAAUGUUCAUAGAGCAACAAGAGGUAGCGAAUUUAGAUUUGGAGGAAAAGUCUUAAUUCUAUCUUUGGUUAUAUUUGCAAUUUUGAGCUUAUACAUCUAUUAUCAAAUUUGA